AUUUGGGUUGGUUUAUGUAUUAUGCCGCAUCGCAAUUCCCCACUACGUACAUACAUGUGCAAGAUUGCAGCCUGUACAUCCACACCAGUAAAAAGCUGACAGAACCUGGGGGGCGUGGCCUGACACCGAGCUGCAUGGACGCAUCCUAACGGAGCUCCUGCUACCGGGCGAACUAGGGCUAAAAUAAUCGGGCUGCAAAAAGAGCAAAUAAGUUUUAAUUACCAAACCACCACUCCCGAGCCUGCAGAGAUGUCACACAGGCAAAAAAAUAAGGCUGCGAAGGCAGAUCGUGCCUCCUUUUUCCUGGCCAAGUCGGCGACACCACACGCAAGAGAAGGCCGCAGCCCGGAUGCAGAUGGCGGUGCUGCUCGCUCCGAGGAGGAUCCACCUUUAUCCCCAAUGUCCUCAGACACAGGACUGGAGGACAGCCCGCCUACAACCCAGCAAUUGAAAAGAAUGCUGUCGGAACUUACUGACACCAUCCAAAAGAACAUGGCGACGCAAAUACGAACCCUCACCGCAGAUCUCAGGAAGGAGAUUAUAGAGGUGGGCCAGCGUACUGCUCAGAUAGAGAAGAGGAUGGAUGAUUUCGCUGUAGCGCAUAACGGUCUUGCGGACAAGCUGCAUGAAUUGGACACCGUCCUGCACGACCAUGCGGUCAAAAUGGCCGACAUGGAGGACAGGUCAAGACGCAAUAACUUGCAUAUCCGCGGUAUACCGGAGUCAGUGCUCAACCCUGCACUUCCCAACUACCUGCUGGACCUCUUCCAAACACUGUCACCGGAGACGCACCCGGACCAGCUUAUCAUCGACCGAGCGCAUAGAUUGAGAAGACCAAAACACCUCCCUAACUCCACCGCGAGGGACGUGAUAGUCCGUGUCCACUUUUACCAUGCCAAGGAGAGGCUAGUUCGAGCAUCCCGCACACCAGGCAUGCCAGAUCCCUACAAGGACUUGAAAAUUUUAACGGACCUGUCGGCGGCAACCCUACAAUUUCGAAAAAGCCUAUCUCCCCUCACAACAACGCUACGAGCAAAAGGAAUCAUAUACCGAUGGGGAUACCCCGCAAAACUGCUCAUCCAGUACCAGGACUCACUGCACGCUGUAAAUUCGCUGCCGGCUGGCAAAGAAAAAUUUAAGGUGUGGGGACUCCCGGUGGCCACUACAGACGACCAUAACCAGGCAAAGAUACCUCGGAUGUCCCCUGAGUGGACCCCGGCCUGA